AUGUCGGAAGCUGUAGUUCGCGCGGGAGUUAUUGUGAUUUCUCAUUUAUUGCGACAGGAGUUGGAAAAGAAAAAGUAUAAAAAGAAAAGAUUAUGGAUCAGAAGUUGGAUUUCAAGGCGAGAUAAAUAUGGUGCAUCCAGUACAUUAUUAGAAGAAUUAAAACACGAAGACUCUACAGCCUACCGAAAUAUUCUAAAGAUGAACGGGGCCCAGUUUGAUACAUUGUUACAGAUGAUUGACAGCCUAAUAAAGAAAGAAGACACUCAAAUGAGGAUGGCGAUUCCGUCGAAAAUAAAACUGGAAAUAACUUUACGUUAUUUAGCUACUGGGGAUUCAUUUAAGUCUUUACAAUAUCUUUUUCGCGUUUCUGAAUGUACAAUUUCAGUAUUUUUACCCGAUGUACUUACUGCGAUUUCUCAAGUGUUGGAACCAUUUAUUAAGGUGCCUGCGACUGCUGAUGAAUGGGGGAAAAUAAAGGAUACAUUUUUUCAUCGUUGGAAUUUUCCAAUGUGUUGUGGUGCAAUCGACGGAAAACAUGUGAUAAUAAUUAAACGACCUCCUGGUUCUGGCUCAUCAUUUUAUAAUUAUAAAAAAACCUAUAGUGUUAUAUUGUUUGCAAUGGUUGACGGUGAUUAUUGUUUUACAUACAUCGAUAUAGGAGCUAAUGGCCGAGCUAGUGAUAGUGCAAUAUUUCGAGACAGUACCUUAAAUAUCGCAUUAGAAAAUAAUACCUUAGGUGUUAUUAUUGGCGAUGAUGCAUUUCCAUUAAGAACAAACUUAUUAAAACCAUAUAGUAAAACUGGACUUAAUAAUUAUGAAAUGAUUUUUAACUAUCGUCUUUCACGUGCUAGAAGGGUGGUGGAGAACGCAUUUGGCAUUCUGUUUUUUUUACCUCCACAAGCAGUUGACCAAGAGGAUUUUAACAACGGCAAUAUUAUUCCUGGGGAAUGGAGAGAACACGUGAAUAAUCUAGAAACUAUCAAUAGAAUGGGCAGCAACAGCUAUAAACGAGCUGCAGAAGAUGAUAGGAGUUCAUUGGCAAAAUAUUUUUAG